CGUCAAAUUCUUUCCCAGAUGUUUACAUAUCGUUGCGUUGGUGGUAUAGUGGUUAGCAUAGCUGCCUUCCAAGCAGUUGACCCGGGUUCGAUUCCCGGCCAACGCAAAUUCGUUUUAACCGUUUUGAAAUAAUUCAAGAGAAAACAAACUCCUGCGCGACAGUCAGACGUGAGUUAUUUUGUAGGUCGGCAUUAUCAUAAUUUUGCGUCACUAAACAAGGUCCGUAAACGAUGCUACAGCCAGACUUAACCCAACACGUUGCUGAAGUCGUAAACCCGGUGAGCGGAGCUGAAAACCGUCCGAGAGGAGCUGAAAUGACGCACCCGGAAGUGGAGAACCCUUUCAGUUUCACGCCGCAGCUCAUCCGCCUGCACAAGGACCACGAACUGUUUGAGGAUGGAGACAUUCACAGACACAUGUACCUGCAGGACUUCUUUAUUUCAGACGUAGAAGACAAAGCAGCGCUCAGCGUGUCAGAGUUUGCCUGUCACAUCUGGGGCUGCAGCGCUGUCUUCAGUUCUUUGGACGACUAUGAGCACCACUACAACUCGCUGCACAGACACGUGUGCUGCUCCUGCCGCCGCUCCCUGCCGAGCGCCCGGCUCCUGGACAUUCACAUCCAGGAGUGGCACGAUUCUCUUUUCGCUCUCCUCGCCCCAAAACAAGACAUGUACUUGUGCUUGGUGGAGGGAUGUGGACUGAAGUUUAGGACCACUAUACAAAGAAAAGACCAUCUAAUAAGAAUUCACAAGUAUCCUCCAGACUUCAGGUUUGACAAGAACAAAAAGGAAAAAGGGUAA